UUUUAACUCAAUUGACAAGAACAUCCUUUUUUUUUUAUUGUUUUCAAUGUUACUAACUUUCCUUUCAAACUUAUAAACUUUAUAACUUUUAUGACGACAAUUACGACAAAUUCAUAUUCUCCAAAGGCGGCGCGGGUAUUUGAACCUGUCAUAUUAUUUCAUGAUCAUACUUAUUUUAAAGAUGGGUCACAACGUUUAGAACAUAUCCGUAUAUCAUCUAAUGAUCCCCAUAAUUUGUCACUUAUUGAACAACAUAAACGAAAAAUACUAAAUAUGUUGGAUAUCAAUGGUAAAUUAUGGACUCAACAACCAUCAACUAUAUCACCCAUUCCUUCACCUAUUCCCACUGCCGUCAUGUCAACUCCUUUACCGACUACACCUUAUUCACCUCCACACACACCUACCAAUAAUCAUUAUAUAAGAAGACGAUCAUCUACUUCUCAUCCAAAUACGACAAAGAAACGACGUGGAAAUUUACCUCGAGCUGUCACUUCUGUAUUACGUAGUUGGUUAUAUGAACAUAAAGAACAUCCUUAUCCUACAGAUGAAGAAAAGUUGACUUUAUCUAGACAAACAAAUCUUACUCUUAGUCAAGUUAGUAAUUGGUUUAUCAAUGCCCGAAGGCGAAUUUUGAUCCCAAUGUUAGAAGAAGAUGCCGCUCGUCGUCAACCAAUGACCUUUUACUAUGAACAUCAAGAUAUAUAGGAUUUUUUUUAUUGAUCAUUUCCUUUUAUAUAUAUAUAUAUAAUAUUAUUACUAUUUGAAAAUAAAAACUUCAUCAUUCUCUGCAAAAGAUAAC